UAUGCCUUUGAAUGGGUUUGAGUGAAUGGGCUAUGAAUGCAAUGAUUGUGUAAUACUUAUGACACUCUGUUUGUUGACAUAGACUGCAGUGAUUGACUGCAACACCAAUACACCAGUGGAUCCACUGAUCACUGAUUCACUCUUUGUUUACAUCUCACACCACAUAUACUGUGAGACAUGCUGUGAGUGCAGUGUAUGGCAAGUGAUCAGUGAAACAGUGAUGAGUGCCGAGGAGUGCAAGACAUCAGUAUUGCGACGAUUGGGUGACAGUGGCAGAGAUGGGCCGCAGUAUGAGCUGAGACUGUCGUUCCUGUCGUCCGCCCUCAACAGCUACCGGUGCGACUCAAUACUCAAACCAUUUCCACACCAAUACAUGCAGUCGCACACCACUGACAAAGACUUUGAUUGUGUCAGACGAGACUUAGAGUCGAUUCCCUGCUUAAGUGAGUUGAAUGAAGACUACCAGAUGUCAGACAACUGUUGGCAACUUCUUCAUUGGGUUAUGACUUCGGGAUCCUUUCAACUCAUACUCCGAUCCAUUGACUCACAACAAAUGUGCCAUAUAUUGAAUGCAAACCAGUUAUCGCUGAAGAACUUUAAGCCGACGCUUAUCUUCGAAGUGGUGUCUCAGCCGAAGAGGUCGUUCACAGAAGCGAAAGAGCGUUUCGGUACGUUUUGGGCGUUUCACGGGUCGGCCGUCGAGAACUUCCACUCCAUUGUCCACAACGGACUCGUCAAUUGUCUCAAUAAAAGAGCCCUUUACGGUUCGGGAACUUACAUGAGUUCACAACUAAGCGUUGCCAUUGAGUUCAGUCCAUUCGGCCGAGGGUGGAACAAGUCAUCGCUCGGCAAAGAGAUCAGUUGU